AAGCGAGUGAAUGCUUCAAAACCUGCUCAACUUCUUAACAACUUGUAGGGAGUCUUCAUUUACAUAUUUUGUGUUUGACCUCUGUUUGAUUGGCCUAACCAGGUUCACCCCAACAAGACUUUCAGUUGCAUCAUGGGGAGCUGGGUGUUUUUAUCUUUUAUGGGGAUGUGCUUGUUUAUUUUGUUGCAGACUGAUACUUGUAUGGCUACUUUUAAAGCUGUUGGCAAGUUGAAACCAGGGUUUCAAGGGGCUCAGAUGAAUUUUAUAGAUGAAGAUGGGUUGGUUUUAUCAUCAAACAACUCUCUUUUUGGUUUGUCUUUUACUACUACUGAUAAAAAUGUUACCUUGUUUUUGCUUGCUAUUGUUCAUUUGAGUAGUAAAAGAGUUGUUUGGUCUGCAAAUAGAGGCAGCCCUGUUAGGAAUUCGGAUAAAUUUGUGUUUGAUGAUGGUGGAAAUGCCGUUCUGCAAAGUGGGGGGUCUGUUAUUUGGUCUACGAAUUCGGGGAAUAGAGGGGUUUCUGCUAUGGAGUUGCAGGACUCUGGGAAUCUUGUUUUGUUGGGAGGUGCUGGUAAAAUUGUCUGGCAGAGCUUUGAUCAUCCAGUGGAUUCACUUUUGUCGAGCCAGGAGUUUAGUGAAGGAAUGAAGCUUGUGAGCAAUCCCAGCGCGAGUAAUUUGACUUAUUUUCUUGAAAUUAAGUCUGGAGAUAUGCUGCUUUAUGCAAAUUACAGAAAUCCACAGCCCUAUUGGUCUAUUAGACAAGAUAGUAAAAGAAUUAUUGACAAAGAUGGUGGCGAUGCCAGUGCAGCAUCUCUUGAUGGUAAUUCGUGGAGGUUUUAUGACAAGAGCAAAGUAUUGCUCUGGCAGUUUAUUUUCUCAGAUAAUGCUGAUACAAAUUCUACUUGGGUUGCGACUUUGGGAAAUGAUGGAUUUAUCACUUUCUACAAUCUUAAAAGUGGGAAUUUAAAUGGUGAUUCUCCAACAAGAAUACCUGCUGAUUCAUGUAGCAGACCCGAACCUUGUAAUUCUUAUGAGAUAUGUUAUAAUGGUAACAGAUGCCAGUGUCCCUCGGUCCUAGACUCCAAGGGCAAGUGCGGACCUAGUAUAGGAUCUCUUUGCAAUGAGUCAGAGGGUUCUAUGGAGCUGGUAAAUGCUGGAAAUGGGCUUAGCUAUUUUGCACUUGGGUUUGUUCCCCCCUCAUCCAAAGGCAACUUAGAUGGCUGCAAAACUUCUUGUCUUGCUAACUGCUCAUGUCUUGCCAUGUUUUAUGACGACAAGUCUCAAAAUUGCUUUCAUUUUGAUACCGUAGGAAGCUUGCAAGGUUCAAAUAAUGGGAAUGACUUUGUUUCAUACAUAAAGGUCUCGAGGAAUGGGAUAGAUUCUGGAGGGGAUAGAGGCAGCAAAAAGAAAGUUCUGCUUGUCGUCGCCAUACUCUUGGUAACAACAUUUGUUAUUGUUGGUUUACUUUAUGCAGGAAUUCGUUACCACCAGAAACAGAAAAGUGCCUUAGUGGAGUUCCCUAAAGAAGCAGAAGAGGAUAAUUUCUUGGAAAACAUAUCUGGGAUGCCAAUACGUUUUAGUCACAAAGAUCUUCAAAUUGCUACCAACAACUUCACUAUGAAACUAGGGCAAGGAGGUUUUGGCUCAGUUUAUGAAGGUGUUCUACCUGAUGGAACCCGAUUGGCUGUGAAACAACUGGAAGGCCUUGGCCAAGGAAAGAAAGAAUUCCGAGCUGAAGUUAGUAGUAUUGGCAGCAUUCAUCAUCUCCACCUGGUGAGGCUGAAAGGCUUUUGCACAGAAGGUGCCCACAGGCUCCUUGUUUAUGAAUACAUGGCAAAUGGUUCACUGGAAAGAUGGAUCUUUAAUAAAAACAAAGGAGAUUUGUUGGAUUGGGGCACAAGAUAUGAUAUUGCUAUAGGCACAGCCAAAGGAUUGGCUUAUCUCCACGAAGACUGUGAUGUAAAAAUUGUGCACUGUGACAUUAAGCCUGAAAAUGUGCUCCUAGAUGACAACUUUCUCGCAAAGGUUUCAGACUUUGGUCUUGCAAAGCUAAUGAGCCGAGAGCAAAGCCAUGUUUUCACAACACUACGGGGCACAAGGGGUUACCUUGCACCAGAGUGGAUCACAAACUAUGCAAUAUCAGAAAAGAGUGAUGUCUAUAGUUAUGGAAUGGUAUUGCUUGAGAUCAUCAGUGGUAGAAAAAAUUAUGAUGCAUCUGAAACAGAAGAAAAAUGCCAUUUUCCUUCAUACGCUUUUAAGAUGAUGGAGCAAGGUAAACUGAAGGACAUUCUUGAUGUGAAACUGCAAAUAGCCGAAGAUGAUGAAAGAGUGUCCAUAGCAAUUAAGGUAGCUCUUUGGUGUAUACAAUAUGAGAUGCACCUUAGACCAUCAAUGACAAAAGUAGUCCAGAUGCUUGAACAAGUAUCUCCCGUUCCUCCACCUCCAUCUUCUUCCCAGCAGAUGAACUCGCACUUCUAUUUGAGUUCCUUUAAAUCAACGAGUGAGCACAGUACUUCUUUAGAGCCAUUAGAUCUCAAUAGCUGUGCUGAUUUUUCUGCAGUAAGGCUUUCAGGACCUAGAUAGCAUAUUAGCUGUCACAUAUCAUGUGUAUCUGGUAGGUAAAUUUUGUAAUACUUCUAUGUAAGCCUAGUUGCCUGUUAAUUUUGUUGUGUAAUUAAUAACCUUUAUAGUCAAUACACCAAUAGUUUUUACAAAA